GAUUUUCAGAGGGAUCGGAAUAACGACGUUAUGGUCAAAGCAAUCAACUACCUAAACUGAAAGUGUUAACAACAUUACAUUUUUAUCGGCGACAUAAACUAAUUUUAUUUCAAAAAAGUUGAAAAAUGGGAGGAACAAAUGGAAAAUAUGCAAAAUAUAUUUACUUAAUUUUAAUAGUUUUAAUACAGUUAACGCUAUUAACUGUAGCUAAAAUUAAAUGUAUUCAAUGUGGUGGCAAGAAGGAGAUUUGUAGUACAGAACUAGAAGAAGAACCCAAAGAUUGUCCUGAUAACCAUCACACAAAAUGCUUUACACAAAUUGACACCAGUGGCAACAUAGAAAGAGGCUGCAAAACCGACGAUGAAGCCCAAAAUUGUAAAGCCGAAAAUAAUUGCAUUAUUACUGAUGAGGAAAAAAACAAUCAAUUUAUUUGCAAAAAAUGUGAUGCAACCGAUGAAAAGUGCUCACAAACCGAUAUGAAUAUUAACGAUCUAAAAUACAAUCAAAUCUGCGAAGAGGGUAUUAAGAAAUGUUUAAAGAAAGUCGAAGAAAAACUUGUCGUUAGAGAUUGUGCCACUGAGACUGAUAUCAUCAAAUGUACCGAUGCAAAUGUCUGUGAAAUAUGUGACAGUAUCAAUUGCAAUUCUGGUAUAUAUCCUAAAAAACGUAUCAUUUGCUAUCAGUGCACUGGUAGCAGCUGCCUAGAUGUUACUGCUGAUAAUAUAGUUUACAAGGCCUGUACUAAUUACGAAGAGGACGAUCGAUGCUAUACCAUAGCCAAGAGUGAGACCGACAUGAUACGUGGUUGCAAGUCCGAUACCAAGGAUAAUCCAUGUUCUGACGCUGCUGUGGGUUGUGCCUAUUGUACCAGCGAUAAUUGCAAUAAUCUAAAGUAUAAAUAUGAACAAAAGCUCAGGUGUCAUCAGUGCACCAGUGACGAUCAAGAAAACGAAUGUUUCAAAACUCAAACUAGUCAGGUAUUUGAGGAAUGUGAAAAUGAACUUUUUUAUAAUGAAUCCGAAUACUGUUAUCUCCACAUGAAUGAUUCUACAAUUGAACGUGGUUGUCUUCAGGAUCAACCCUUACUAACCGUUGACAAUUGUCAUGAUGACGAAAAUUACAUCUGCUAUAAAUGCAACCAUACCAAUGGUUGCAAUAGUAAGGAGAAAUAUCCCUAAAAAUAAAGACAAUUCUCAGUGUAAUGUCGCUUUUUCCUAUUAAAUAAAAUUUAUGUUCCUCAC